GAACCAAUGGUUAGCGGUGGCAGGGGCUGACUGAGAGCGUCUGCUUGAUAAUGGAUUCUGAAUUAAUGCAUAGUAUAGUAGGAAGCUAUCAUAAACCUCCAGAAAGAGUAUUCGUUCCCUCAUUCACCCAGAAUGAACCAUCUCAGAAUUGCCAUCCUGCGAACUUAGAAGUUACCUCUCCUAAGAUACUUCAUAGCCCAAAUAGCCAAGCUCUUAUUUUAGCCUUAAAAACUCUUCAGGAAAAAAUGCAUUGUUUAGAGCUGGAGAGAACACAAGCUGAAGAUAACCUGAACAUUCUUUCCAGAGAAGCAGCACAGUAUAAGAAGGCCUUAGAGAAUGAAACAAAUGAGAGAAAUCUGUCACAUCAGGAGCUGAUAAAGCAGAAAAAAGAUGUAAGUAUACAGUUAAGCUCAGCCCAGUCUCGUUGCACUCUUCUAGAGAAGCAACUAGAAUAUACAAAGAGAAUGGUUCUCAAUGUAGAGCGAGAAAAGAACAUGAUCCUAGAACAACAGGCCCAGCUUCAGAGGGAAAAAGAACAAGAUCAGAUGAAGCUGUAUGCAAAACUUGACAAGCUUGAUGUCUUAGAAAAAGAGUGUUUUAGGCUUACAACAACUCAGAAAACUGCUGAGGACAAGAUUAAACAUUUAGAAGAAAAACUUAAGGACGAAGAACAUCAACAUAAGCUAUUUCAAGACAAAGCUUCUGAGCUUCAAACUGGACUUGAAAUCAGUAAAAUUAUGUCUUCAGUUUCAAAUCUAAAGCACUCCAAGGAAAAGAAGAAAUCUUCAAAGAAAACUAAAUGUAUAAAGAGAGGACCACCUUGGCAAAUUUGUUCAAAGUUUGGAGCACUGCCUUUUGUGGCUGAAAAGAGGCAACAUCGUGACCCACAUAUCCUUCCGAAAUCUUUUAACGUGACUGAGACUAGAUGUCUCCCCAAGCCUUCUAGAACAACUGCCUGGUGUAAAGCUAUUACUCCUGACUCAGAAAAGUCCAUUUCCAUUUGUGACAAUUUAUCUGAACUUUUGAUGGCAAUGCAAGAUGAGCUGGACCAAAUGAGCACGGACCACCAAGAACUACUCAAACAAAUGAAGGAAACUGAAAGCCAUUCAGUCUGUGACGAGAUAGAAUGUGAACUAGAGUGUUUAGUCAAGAAAAUGGAAAUUAAAGGAGAACAAAUCUCCGAACUGAAGAAGCAUCAAGACAGUGUAAGAAGGCUUUAGUAAGAAAUUUUAAUAAAAAGAUAAAAUAUC